UUCUCAUCAUCAAACACAAACACUCACAUUCAGACUCCUUUUUCUCCACUAAAGGCAAAAAUAUGAGCGUAGAAAUUCUAGACGGUUCCACAAUAGUGAACUUCGUGGAGGACGAAGAAGCCUUUCACGUAUCAGUCAGUGAUCUGUUUUCUGAACUUGAUACCGACAAGGACGGUCUUCUUUCUUAUGGUGAGAUGCUGAAAGAGUUGAAGAGGCUUAGGGUUUUUGAGACUCAUUUUGGCAUCGACGUGAAGAUUGAAGCAGACGAGGCUGGUCGUGUUUAUGAGUCAAUGUUUGUGCAGUUCGAUCAUGACUUGAACGGAAGAGUUGAUCUGAGAGAGUUCGAAGCAGAGACGAAGAAGAUGAUGAUUGCUAUGGCUCAUGGCAUUGGCUUUGUUCCUCUUCAGAUGGUUCUCGAACCUGAUAGCCUGCUCCUGAAAGCUGUUCAGAGAGAGUCCAUGGUUCCACUUGCGGCUUAAUUACUCUCAUUCUCUUCACAAAAUGAAGAUCCAAUUUAUGUUCGUGGAUCAGUUUUCAAAAAGUUUUAGAUUUUAAUUUUUUCUUGACUUAUUUUAGCUCUCUAUCGUCAUCUGUCAUUUUUAUCAUUUUCAAUCCAGCGAAAAAGUACUGAUGUAUUGUGAUUUUGUUUAUGACAAUUAUCCGAUUCCAUUUUGGUUGUAAUUUUCAGUUUUAUUUUGAAUACUUUAUGAGAAAAAAAGUUUAA